CUCCCAGGAGUUAAUGCCGUGUUCUUUUUUUAACACUACCGAUACUUCCUACCCCCCGAUGAGCGGCAAGGGGGUGGCCGCGCUUGAAUCUGCGCCGUGUCAGGAGUCAAUGUAACCCGCCGCGGGAGAAGUUACCGGGAAGGCACAGGCGGAUCGGCAAACUUAGCUCUCGGCGUAACAAUCGCUUUCUUUACCCUGAUCUUCCAAAGAUGGUUGAUCGCUUAGCAAACAGCGAGGCAAAUACAAAACGUAUAAACCUAGUGGAAAAUUGCUUUGGAACAGCUGGCCAGCCGUUGGCAAUCCCUGGCCGAGUUCUCAUUGGAGAAGGGGUGCUAACAAAACUUUGCAGAAAGAAACCAAAAGCCAGACAAUUUUUCCUGUUCAAUGAUAUUCUAGUCUAUGGCAAUAUUGUUAUUCAGAAGAAAAAGUACAACAAGCAGCACAUUAUCCCUCUUGAAAACGUUACCAUUGACACCAUUGACGAUGAAGGAGAGCUGCGAAAUGGCUGGUUGAUUAAAACUCCAACAAAAUCAUUUGCCGUUUAUGCUGCCACGGCGACCGAAAAAUCCGAAUGGAUGAAUCACAUUAAUAAGUGCGUUUGUGAUUUAAUCUCCAAAAGCGGGAAGACGCCUAACAGUGAACAUGCUGCAGUCUGGAUACCAGAUUCCGAGGCAUCGAUUUGCAUGCGCUGUAAAAAAGUGAAAUUUACCCCCGUUAAUCGCAGGCAUCACUGCCGGAAAUGUGGAUAUGUCAUUUGUGGACCUUGCUCGGAGAAGAAGUAUCUUUUGCCAAGUCAGUCUUCCAAGCCUGUGCGCGUUUGUGAUUUCUGCUAUGAUCUGUUAUCCAGUGGGGAUUUCUCUUCAUGUCUGCCUAGCAGGUCGGACUCCUUCUCCCAACCUUCAAAGUUCAAAAAUAAUUUGUCAGAUGACGACGACGAUGAGGACAGCAGUGACUAAAAAUAAGCAUCCUCUGAAAGGGAUAUUCUUUAUUUGGAAACCUGAGCUGCUUUUAGAUGAAGAUGUUCAUCUUCGUGGACCUUCUGUCAACUCAAAUUAGUAUUUUUUUUUGCAAAAUAUAUGUGCCUCAAUUUACACUGCUUCUGGUUUCUUCAGGGAUGAACUCUAGAUCCUGUAGUGACUACCUUGCGGCUAUUAUCCACACUGUGUCUCAACUAAGGUUUGUCACAGCUGGGUUUUGUUUCGUGCAGGUUAAAGAAUUGUAAAUGUAGUGGAUAAAGAACGUCAAGCCCUCUUCUACUAGACACAAAUCUGUUUAUCAAAUAUUUAAACUGAGAUGCAAAAUCGACCAUGUUGUGCCUUAUGAAAAAAUGUGAGCGUUUACCACCCCCCCCUUUUUUCUUUUAACAUAAUCACAUAUUUGGUGCUUGGUCAAACACUAUAGGAAUAAAGUUUUCUUCUAUGUAA